AUGGCGUACUUGCGAUGGCAACUUCUGGUCCCCGGCUGGGGAAACUACAUGUUGACGUCCCGAGGGGUGACCUAUGAGUGUUCACACAGCCCUUGGAUCAUUAUUUCCGGCUGGGUGUCCCUGGUCAUUGGCCUAAUGGUGUCUCCCUAUUUGCCAUUGAGGACCACUUUCUGCUUCUUCGAUAUCGCCAGCAUCCACCAGAGUGAUGAGGACUUGAAGGAGCGAGGCAUUUACAGCAUAGGUGGCUUUCUGUCAGUGUCAAACGAGCUUCGUAUCCUUUGGAGCCGGCCGUAUUUUUCGAGGCUUUGGUGCCUGUUUGAGAUCGCGGCGUUUCGGAAGGCCAAUCCCCGUGGGCAGAUCGUUUUCAAGCCACUCUUCGUGGAACGAGCCGUGGCAUUUCUGAUUUGCAUGUUUUUCCUCUUCUCUCUGACUGACAUGGUGCUGUCCAUCUACAUAGAAGACGACAGGGAGCUCAAGAACCUCUGGUGGGAGCUAUUUGCGGUGUUUUCUCCCGUUUUCCCGCUGGUGCAUGUAGCGCGGUGCAACUACCGCGAGAAGGCGCGGCUGCUGAAUGAUUUGAAGCGGUUCGAACUGGAUGAUGUGUCUUGCAAUUCCUUCUUCGACACUCGUUUUAUUCAUGCUGCCAUCGACCAUUGGUAUGGAAGCAAAGAAGCCUUCAGGGACUUUGUGCGUGGGCCGCUGCGGGAAGAGCUGCGGGGCACAUCGAGACAGUUGGAUCCGUCUUACGUGAUGAUGAGCAUUAGCAGUACCGCCGCUUGGUUGGUCGAGACCUCAGUGGCUCUCAAGCAUGGAGGCGCCGAUGGCCUAUCGAUCUUAAGUUAUGCCCUUUGCUGGAGCUCUUUCGCGCUCUUUUGGGCCUGGUCACUACUUACUGGCAUCAUUUAUCUCAGUGAGAAGACCUCAGCGCCUUGCACUACACGCUUGGUGGACUGGCUUUUGACCUGCACGGUGGCCUCAGCAGCACUAGCAUGGACGGGUGUCGGAGUGGCUCUAUGCAUCGUGGUGAGCCAGGCGAAGACAAUGUGGGCACCUAUUGGACUGUUCACCUGCUCGAUGUCUUUGCCCUGUUUAGGCCAAUGGCUUGGACACUCCUGGCCCGCAGCUGUGUGA